AUGAGCAAUCCCUCCUCUGCCCCCGCGCAGACGAGUCACCUAAUUCGGGGUCUUGGAACUCCACCCUCUGCGACCUAUGAGAUCAGAAAACCAGAUGUAAUUGUCGGAUUAGACGCUCGUGGAUUCUUGUUUGGGCCUUCGCUGGCCCUUCGCCUGGGUGCUUCCUUUGUGCCCGUUAGAAAGCAGGGAAAGCUGCCUGGUCCUGUCGAGACCCAGGCUUACGAGAAGGAAUAUGGGACGGAUUACUUCCAAAUCCAAGCAGACGCGAUCAAACCCGGCCAGAAGGUCAUCGUGGUCGACGAUAUCAUUGCAACUGGUGGUUCGGCAAGCGCUGCUGGAAGCCUCGUACAAAAGCUUGGAGGCGAUCUACUUGGCUUCGUCUUCAUGCUUGAACUCGACUUCCUCAAGGGACGCGAGAAGCUCCCAGCCCCGGUUUACACACUUCUCUCCUCUCAACCAACAGCGAGCAAUUAA